AGUAAAAUAAUUAAAAAAAAAAAUGGACAGAAUUCGAGAAAAUGAGGAAACAAUGACAAAGAAAUUAGGAAAAAAUCUGAUGUGUUGGAACUUGAGCUGCAUAUUGCUAGACAUUAGUUAAUUUGAAAGAAUUAAAAACAUUCAGAUAGAAUAGGGAAGAGAUGAAAACAUCGUAACCGUGCAGGCCGUGCAGCAGUCCUAAGGAUUCUGAUCUCAAGGAUACAAAUCUGUUCACAAAAUCAAACUACGAAUCGAAUUCAUGGAAAUGUUCUAAUUCUUUCGAUUCGUCUCAUUGGAGAUGUCACGAACUUAUCGAGAUGUUUAUUCUUUUUCUUACCAGAGCAGUUUUCACCUAGGGUGGCGCGAAUUUACACACAUCUUCAGCAGGCCUGAUCCCUGAUCUUCAGUCAACGCCGCAUCGCCAAAUGGCUGAAACAUGCCAGAAGCACGUGCCUUUUCGUAAAUCACGUUUCAAGUCUGAAAUCCGUUUUUCUUGUUAUUAAACUCAUUAAAAUAUAUUCGCUCAUAGUAUCGGUCCAAUGUAUUAGUUUAACGCUAACGAAUAUUGCAAAAUAAACAUUGAGCAUGGAUGGCGAUGAUAAGGUGAUUUUAGCGGAAGCUGCUUCUGUAGAAUUUAAUACAGACGAGACCGACAUUUCCAGGACUGUCGAGGACGAACUCUUCUCUGCAAUAUACCAUUCUGCUGACCAUGUAUUCGACAGCCCAGAAUCUCCUGACGCCAACAAUUCUUCUUUGAAAGACAAUACUGACUCAUCAAAAAAUAUCCAUCCGAAUCCUGACGCUCGUUUGCAGACAAAUAUAACUUCCCGUUCUGGCAUUGGAGUUAUACAAUCGCAUGAGUCGUUCGGUGGCAGAGAAUCCUUCGUUCGAAAUGUACUUCCACUGAAUGAUUGGAAAGAGAGUUUAUCAGAUAUAAGUCAAUCCGACAAAGUCUCAACCUCUGUUUCCCAGAGCAACAAACCUGUUAAUGAGGUGGUCGACACUUACAGGGAAGUAAUUAGCAAUACGGAUCUCUAUAAUAGUGAAGAAAACCUCUCUGCUUUCCCUACUCAUCAGCCUGACGGUUGUCACACUAAAAACGUUAGGCAACAAAGAAGAAAUAGAGAGAACAAGUUCGUACGUGGGUAUAAACCCAAAAAUUGGUGGAGUAGUGACGAGAGUAUUCAUUCAACCGAUUGCGUUACGCAUGACGGUGGAAUUAGUUUGUUAGAAAAUGGAUGUUAUGAAAAAGAAUCGAAAGAUAUAUCAGAUGCAGCAGACUACAAGCAAUUAGAGACAUGGCUGACUCUGUCUGAAGCUUCAAGUUGCUCCCAAACAACUAGUUCGGAUGAAUCAGCGAGUAUAAAACCUGAAGAACGGUGUGAAAAUCACCAGCCCAUGACAAAUAAAAGUGUAUGUAUGAUGGCUCAUAAACCACCAAGGAGCACUGCCCACAAACAGAGCAAACAGUCCACGGGAAUAUCAAAUGAAGAUCUUGUUCUCUUGAGUGAUUUCUCGUGUCCAGAUUCUCUCAUUGGGGAGAGCUCGCAGAGUUCUACGAAGUCUCGGAAUACAGAAAUUAUAUCCCGCAAAAACGAUGACAGACCUCCUUCUAUGAGCAAAAGUUUCAGUUCUGUAAUAAGUCUCGAUGAUUCGGAAGAUUCUAUCUUUGAAGUUCCUGUGCCACCUAAACCUGCACCUCCUACAAUUGAUUUGGAAGAUUCCGAGAGUCCACCAUCAUUCCAUGAUGAAACUAGUUCGAACAUAUCACCUGAGAAAUUGGUCGAAACUUACAGAAUUGCUCUAGCAAAAUCAAUGCAUGAUCAAACUAAACCCGAUGCCGAACCACGUAAUCACAGAGAAAAGAAAUCUACAAACCAAAAGAAGACAAGGCCUAGUCCAAGAACUCGCAGUCCAGAUAAUCCUACAUCGGAUGGCAAUAACGACGUAACCCUAAUCCCGUAUACAAGCCAGGCUAUCGCGACCCAAAGCUUAAUAGAGCAAGAUACUCCUACUCAAGUCCUUAGUAGCAAUGACAGAUUGUCUCAAGUUAUCUGUAAUGCAAAUGAUCAACUGAGUAGUAUUUGCACCAUAGACAAAGAUGCGGACAUUGAUAAUGCACGAUUUAUGCGAGACUCACCCAUGAGUCCAGAUCAAACAAGUGAGAACGCUACGUCAGAAGUUCCUGUAGUUACUGAGCAGCAAAGGCUGGAAACUGCGUCAGAAGUACCUCUGAGAAAAAAUCGCUUGACAGAAAAUGCUACUGAAUUGAGUCCAGAUACGUUAAUAAUUAAUGCAACCGAAGUUCAAAGUCCUCAAGGUUCAACUAAAGCCAAAGAUAAAGGACAAACCAAGUCGUUGAAAUCGUUGGAAAGUAAAAAGAGAUCUGUCGUAGACGUGGAAAAACGAUCGAAAGGUCCUAGUCCUAAAAAAACCAAAACCUCCAAUGAAUCAGCCGUUUCAGGUUCUUCACGGGUUAUACCUUCUAAUGAAAGUGGGACGAGGGAGGGAAAUCCACAAAGUAGAGCUUUGGAUGAUUUCUUUCAACCUAUGACCGAAGAAAUGAUAAAUUAUUACAACGAAUCUUGGGGGCGUGAAAACUUUGACUUAGACGCCAUCAGAAGAAACAUGCCAAAGGAUCCUCAAUAUUGGACUUUGUCGAACGAGGACUUACUUGCCCAUCAAAAUAGGAGAAGGUACUGGUCACAUCUCAAAUGCAAAAAUUGUAAACGUCAAGGUCACAGGAUGUCUGAAUGUUCAGAAGAGAGAAAACUUCCGGCGUGUUACAUGUGUGGGGUUCGAGGUCAUCACAAACUGUCAUGUCCUCAUACAAUGUGUCUCGGGUGUGGAACGAAACAGGUUACCUACACGGAAUACUGUACAAGAUGUAAGACAGCGCGGUGCACUAUCUGCCAGUCAAUUGGACACUCGGCAGACAUUUGUCCCGACCUUUGGCGACGAUACCAUCACAUCACGAGUGAGGAGAAUCUAAAAACGCAACAAGAUCCGUCACUGGUAAUGAAACCUAGGAAACAACUCAGCUGUUGUAAUUGUGCAAGACGUGGGCACGAUUCAACGACCUGUAAGGACUACCGUUGGUCGAAAUAUUCACCAACUCCAGCGUACGUAACGAAUUAUACUUCAGGACCAGCUUACGCGCAAGAUAUGAUUCUUGAAAAUGUCGAUUCAACGAUCCGUACUCAGAAAAGAGGUGUAACCGAAGAAGCAGAAGACGAGGGAUUUGUCGCUGAUAAUGAGGAUUCACCGAGUAAAAGAAAAAGAGCUAAGAAAAACAAGACAUCCGAUAAAACUCUGGAAGAAGAUGGAAAUUCGGAAACUCCAGUUCAAAGUACUGAUGAAAAUACCAGUAAAAUCAAGGAACGGGGCAAAGACCAGGAAAAUACGCGUUCGGAAACGGGAGAAUUUUUUAUCGUUCAAUCCCCGGAAUUCACUCAUGAGAAAACGAAAGACUUCUGUCCCUCUGAAUAUAAUCUGACCGCUCCAGAUUACGCAGUUUAUUCCAAUUCCGAUAGGCCCAUGAAAUUUUUGGACCUCCUCGUCCGAGAGUAUCUCGCGAAAUUAGAUUUCCGACAUUAUACCAAUGGCACAUAUGUUCUGAUCAUCACAGCUGCUCCAGGAAUGGGUGCUGCUUUGGUGCAAACCAUUAAGGAUUUCGCGCAAUGGCGACCAAACGAACGUAACAGAUUCAUGUCCCGGGUUAUACCUAAAAAAAGAGUGAGACUCAUUAAAUCAUUGACAGCAAAACUGCUGGAAAUAGAACAAGAUUUGGGGAAACCUUCUGAAUUAUACAAGACUUUACUAUCGCUGAAAAAUAGAUUGCGCUCUAUAGACCUAAACCGUAAAGCCGGCGUUAAAUGUAAGUCACAUGUAAAGCGAAUAAAAACUGUGGAUCAAUUGGCCAGAUUGCAGUGCAGGCUAAAUAUGAUUUUGCAGAAGGAGGGGGAAAGUCAUCAAUAUUUGAAAACAGCUUUAACAGAUCUCAAAAACAUUCAAGAUGAAAAUGUACCUUGCCAACAGUACCUCACAAUCGUUCAUCAUUAUAACAAGGUAUUCGCAGCCUACACCCCGAAUAAUUUGAAAGGCUUAAUCGAUCAGUACAUGAAAGACCAAAGAACGAAAGGAAUUAACUUCCAUGACUCUCAAAAUAAAAAUGCAAGGAGACUUAACUCACCCAGAAUGCGUGGCAAUAAUGGCGUUCACAAAAAUACCGCUGCUCCUGCCCAAAGUCUCGCUAUCCCUUUAGACAAUCAAGUGGAAAUCCCGACAGCAACUUUCAAUAACAUAAACCGAAAUAUGAAUCGAAACCAACCGCUGAAUCCGUACGAGCCAAUGCACGACUACAUUAACCCGGAAAGUGAAUAUUAUCAAACACAUCCUAGUUUUCGCCUACAUCCUCAAAACUCCGGUAAUCGUUAUCAGGAUGGGUUGCAAGAGAACCAUUGGGAGGGCUUUGCGAGGCAUACUUUGGCCAAUAAUCCCGAUAAUUUUCAACCGGAAUUUAAUAGAUACCAUGAUUAUAGAACCCCCAUGCCGCGCAGCAAAGAUCAAAACAUUCAACGGAAUGCGGAAUACCGUUUCGCGGACGAUAUCAGCUUGAAUAACAUUCCAAGUAACAUCCCCUUUGUAGACAGCCACACUAUUCAUACUGUGCAGAAUACUUCGCCAAAUAAGAUACUUUUUAGAGGCAGGCAAGCUGGAUCUUCUCAAGAGUUUUACGUAGGUAUUGAUAACACGCUACCCGCAAACAAAGUAGAUUCGAGAGCUCAAAAUAAUCGUAAGAAUAAGUCAGCUAAGGCGAAGCGUGCAAUGCUGACUAAACGAGAAAAACAGAUUCGUGAAGAGAGACGGAAAGCUAGGAAAGAAAAACACAAUACAUUGCCAUUCUUGAGAAAGCGUGCUGAAAAAAAUAUUGUCAAGUACAAAAAAGAAGUGAAUCGACUUGGCAUUGGGAAGGCAAUGAAAAGACUACAAAAGCAAAUCGAUGAUAAUUCUUUGACUAUGAAAAAAGUCCGAAAAUUUGAAAACCUCGCUAAACGAGAAAUGAAGUUACAUGUAAAGAAGAAAAGCGAUUUGAAAGAGGCGGCUGCUACUUUCCCAAGAGCUUAGAAUUAUUUUUAUUGUUUCUUAGUGAAAGAAUUUUAUUAUUUUUUUUUUCAUCCUCCUUGUUUCGUCAUACGUUACUUUUUACGUAUAACUGUAAAGAAUAUGCCCAAUAUCUUUUUUUUGCUUCUUAAAUUUUUGUAGUUCUCAAUUUGAUACAUAGAACUCUAGAUAUGUAAAAACGAUGUUUUCUCUGCGAUUGGGAAUUUAGCAGCGUUCUAUUAUAUUUUUAUUACUAUUAAGUUUAACAAAGAUUAUGCUAGAUCGUAGUAUUUUUCAAAGAAAACAGCAAUGCUGCUGUUAUUAAAGUACAUCCAACUUGUAAAAUACUAGCACUAUCUGAAAUAAACGAAAUUAUUCUUUUGUUACUCUGUA